CCUCAGCCUCUCAGCCCGGCAGCAGCCGCAGCUUAAACCGGAUUAACGCCUCGCUUCUUAGGGGGAAUCCCGGAUUUAAUCAUAAAACCUGAGAAAAGGAUGCUUCUGGAGCGCGACGACAGCUUCAUGUCUGAGUUUGAGGACGCUUGCAGCGCCUGGGUGGACAGCGUGGGAUCCAGCCCCAGCGACGGCGCGGAUUCUGACGUGGGAUCACCGUUCAGCCAAGUUUUCUCUCCUGGAACUGACGCCUCGGACUCAGACUUCUUCUCCGACUUCAGCGACUGCUCCUCGGACACUCUCUCUCCGUCGCUUGGCUACAGCGGGAGCUUCUUCGCCGAGCCGGAGCCCACGGCCGCGGGGCUGAGCAGCACCGCCGACGCGAUCCUGAACAUGAUCACGGAGAUUGUGGGAAUCUGCACCGAGAUGGAGCAGCAGCAGCAGCAGCAGCAGCAGCAGCUGCCCGCCCCCGACUUCAGCAUCCCUCCUGCAGCCGCGGAGCCGCAGCCGCCUGCAGCCCCCGCUUCAGCUCCGAUGAUGAUCAAGUCGGAGUUCGGGACCUCCAGCUGCAGCAGCGGGUGUUCCCAGCCCUCCACGCCCGGGAAUGACGCUCUGUUCCCGGCUGCAGCGGACUCUCUGCUCCCGCUCAUGGCUCUGGAGCAACAGGUGGACAUGGCUGAUUUCAUCGAGUCUCUGCUGAGCUCCGAAGCCGGGCAGGGCGAGCUGAAGCCCGGCUGCGAGGUGAAGCAGGAGCCGCUGGAGCUGGAGGACUGGCUGAAGGGUUUACCGGUAACCGGCGGGGAAUCCGGUAACUACGUCAUCAGCAGCGCCCCCUCCACCCUGGACGCGCACCUGCUUUCCUCCCUCCUGCAGGGCGCGUUCCCGAUGGUCAACCUCAGCAGCGUGCACGCGGCCGGAGCGCCUAAGCAGCAGCGCGCCGGGCGCAGAGCGCACGCGCGCGGCGGCGUGAAGCCCAAGCCGUUCCCGUGCUCCGUGCAGGGCUGCGAGCGCCGCUUCUCGCGCUCCGACGAGCUCAACAGGCACGUGCGCAUCCACACGGGCCAGAAGCCCUUCCAGUGCACCAUCUGCGCGCGCAGCUUCAGCCGCAGCGACCACCUGACCACGCACACGCGCACGCACACCGGCGAGAAGCCCUUCUCCUGCGACGUGUGCGGCAAGAGGUUCGCGCGCAGCGACGAGAGGAAGCGGCACGGGCGCGUACACGUGAAGCAGCAGCUGCGUGCGCAGAUGAUGGCCGCCUACUCUCUGGCCCUGAACGCGCCCGGCGUGUAAACACAGGCCCGCGCUCCCUCUACGGAGUUUUGGAAGCUUUUCGGAUUUGAACCGACAACCGGAGAGACAUGUGACGUCACACCGGUGUACAGGUGCUGGGAGGCGCAUGCGUGUCUGCGGUGCCCUGAGGGUUCGGGUUCGGGCCUGGCCCGGCAGCCGACCGGGCCUCCGCGGCCUUAAAGGGGCAGUGCGCCCCCUGCAGGACGGAUCCUGCUGUAAAAUAGAACCAGUUUCUUCUGCAUGAAGCCGUAAAGAGACUCUGUGAAUGUCGACGUCAGAAUGUCGUGCUUCUGUUGUUGAUAUUUCCAUGUAAGCAGCUCUAUAUUUGAGGAGUUCCAUGUUUGUAACAUAUCUCUAUUUUUCUAGACGGACUGUCUACCUCUCAGUGUCGCAGUUUUACACGCAGGGUGUGAAUAUUUUAGAGAUGUUCCUCUGGCACAUGAACGUGAAACACGAUGUCACUUUUUCUAUGAAACGACUGUACGCAUUCCGCGGACUCUGACCGAACCCGUGUGUGCAGGUCCGGCUGCACCGAUGCAUUGUGGGAUAUGUUGUCCUGUGUUCUGUGGUGUGAGAGCUGAAGCACACCGGCUCAGUGAGAGCUGAGCGCUGAGUAGCACACAUGGCUGUGCGAGUUUACUGUUCCCUCAUUCUGCAUGGAGGCUGCUGUCGCUGUUAAUAAACAAAACAAAACGGA